CCUGCAAUGAUGUGGGUCCACAGCCCUCUGUAAAAAGCCAAGUGUAUGGCAGUAACAUCUUCGCAUCUGAAGCACAUAAUACAGUGACGACGGGUGCACAUAGGGUAGCCUCUCGUAGUAGUCUGCCAAUAUGACGCAUGGCAUGGCGGGUCUCAUGCCCGAUGCUGAAAGCAGGCACCCCAUAGCCAGCCUUCAGGAUGAGCAGGAUGGGCAUGCCUCGUGCAGCGGUCGGAGAGCGACAUGGCUCAUGUCUAUUCAAACUUUAUCGAGCUCGUUGCUGCGCUUGAUGGUUUAUGUCUUUUUGAGAUGGAUACCCACCAGCAUCGUUGUCAAGCCGAUUCCCAUUGCAUACUUGCUAUAUUUGGGCGCGUAUCUGCUCAACCGCGCAAGAAGUCAUGAGCCUGUGGAGCAGAAUGAGAGAGCUGUGGAAAGCGUCACUGCUAACAGCAACCCAGAAAAUCCAGCCGUAAGCACACCCUCCCAAAAGGGAACAGCGCAGAGCAGGGACGCUAAAGCGGCAGCAGCCCAGGCACCUGGAAACUGUGGUCGCCGGGGGGUGCUUGUCAAACGAAAGAGGCGUAUCGGCAUAUUUGAUGCGCUUUUUGCACUCCUGUUUGGCUCCUUAUCGUCUUCAUCCACGUUGAACAAGCUGGUCCUCUUGCUCAACACACUGGCGUUCGCCUGGUUCGCGGAUUCUGUUCUCUCGCCCAUUGCAUUUCCCUCGCACUGGGAGCAUCACCUGCACUUUUUCCGGACCGGUGCGAUUGGACCUACAUUUGCGAAACUGCAUAUCCGCUACCCUUUCCCUUUCGGAGAGAGUGCAUACUCUUCCAACGAAUCCGCCCCAAUUACGUCCAUCGACGGCCUGCCGGUGUACACUGAAUCCGACCCAGUCAUUCUUUCCAAUCCAGAGCCCAUGCGCGUUAUCUAUCGAGAAGCUCUGUCAAACUCAAUCUCUUCGUCGUCUCCGUCAAAAGUGGCGGUCAAAGAAGCGCACCGCUGGGAGCGUGGGCCGCUUUUGCGCCUCACGCCAGAUUCUGAUUGGACGGCUACUGCACAGCUCUCGGACCUCUGGCCCGCUACAGAGUAUGAGUGGAGCGUUGUCUUUGCGCACAAUCACACAAGGCCUCGUGAAGAGCGUGUGCAGAGGUUUGUCACAUUCCCAGAUCCUAUGCUUUCGAGGGCUCGCGCAGGAACCGCCAAAACGGUAGUCGGGCCGACAGCGUGGCGCGAGGAUGAGGAUCAGAACCCGCUCGACGAUCCAAAUCACUUCACUUUUGCGACUUCGUCUUGCGUCAAGCCAGAUUUCCCAUGGAAUCCCUCACAAUUCAUCCUGUGGCACUGGCUGUUCCAUCUCUUCGGCUACGGCCGUGCGGGGACAUCCAACCCAGCUGUGCGCAAUCGCAUCCAAGGGUUCGACAUGCUAGCAGACCGUGCGAUCGAAUCACGUCGUCGGCUCGGUCACCCUGCGCUUCGCUUCUUCAUGAGCCUGGGAGACACCAUCUACGCAGACGUUCCAGUUUGGGGAGGCGCAAAUAUCAGCAAAUACCGCAAUCUAUAUCGCAAUCUUUUUGCCAGCCAGAGCUUCCGCCGCGUGUACGAGAAGAUUCCGGUCAUUGGCAUCUAUGACGAUCAUGAGGCGAAGAACAAUUGGUCAGGAGGGAGUGAUGAUGAGGACAUCCAAGCUGCCAUUCCUGUUGCGACGCAGUCUUGGCAAGAGUACAUUGGCGGCGCCAACCCGGACAACACGCUGCAAGAGGGGACAAGAGAACACUGGUACACCUUCCGCUACGGCGAUACAGCCUUUUUUGUCAUGGAUGUGCGAAAGCACCGCACCUCAAUGGAGCACGAGGACAAUGCAGGCAAACAGGUUCUGGGUGACAAGCAAAAGGUUGCGCUGUUCCAGUGGCUUUCGGCGGUGAACAGCUCCUCCACCACGUUCAAGUUCAUUGUCAGCUCUGUACCAUUCACGAGUCUCUGGGGAGGCAAGCUGGACGUUGACGGAUCGAAGGAUAGCUGGGCUGCUUAUCUCACUGAGCGUGAUGAGCUUCUCGAGGUGAUGCACUACGUACCGAACGUUAUCGUGCUUUCCGGUGAUCGACAUGAGUUUGCAGCGACAGCCCUCGCUAAGCGAAAAUCGGAAGAGGAGGAGAACGAAAGCUACACUUUGUGGCCUGUGACCGAGUUCAGCACAUCUCCGUUGAAUAUGUUCUACUUGCCCAUACGGACUCUUGGACAAGAGAAUGGCAGAGGCGCGACAGGCCAAGAGAAGUUGCUCAAAUACAUUCCAGAUGGGAAUGUCAAGUGGACCGAGUUUGAAGUCGACACGCGCGAUCAUUUGCAACCAAUUGUGCGUGCGACAGUGAUGGUCGACGGGAAAGAGGCAUGGCGCGUCGACAUUGUCGGGAAACCGGUCGUCUCCGCGCCGAAACAAGCCGUCGGCGGGCUGGCCAAGACGCUGCUUGAGCUGCUUGGAUUCAAGUCUAGGAAAUGGUUUUAGCUGCCAUGCAGCAUGCGCAGCCGACAGAAGGACUGUUUCCCUGUAUCUACCUUGCUUCAUGCUUCGCUUUAAUCUGCUAAUAUACAGCCACAUGCGGGAUGCAGAUUCAUGAGGUGUCCAUUCUCUCUUCUGAUGGCGG